AUGGCUGCAGUACAACCACCGCCAGGCCGGACCGAUUGGGCCGAGGACGAAGAGACCGACCUCGCGACCUCGCUGCCCCCUCCACAGAUCUCCAAGAACAAGGACGGCACCGAGACCAUCGUCACGGUCUUCAUCAACGAGGAUGGCAAGCGAGUCAAGCGCACCCAGCGGAUCCGGAGGACGGUCGUGAAGAAGGUGGAGAACCCCAAGGUCGCCGAGCGUCGGCUGUGGGAGAAGAUGGGCAUGGAGGCCGGCAAGCCGGCGGGACCGCGACCGGACACCACCACCCUGGGCGAGAACAUCAUCUUCCGGCCGCAGGUGGGCUACAAGAGCGGCCAGCAGCAGGAGAAGGGCGCGGAGGAGGCCAAGAAGGAAGAGAACGCCAAGAAGAUGCAGAUCAAGUGCCGCAUCUGCGGCGGGGACCACUUCACCACCAAAUGUGCUUUCAAGGACAACAUGGCGCCCGAAGGCGAGGCCGCCGGCCCGCCCGCAGACCUCGACGACCGCGCGGGCGGGGACUCCGCGGAGGGCGGGCUCGGCGCCGGCGGCAGCAGCUACGUCCCGCCGCAUCUGCGCAAGGGUGCGGCCGGCGCCGGCGGCGGCGAGCGCAUGGGAGGUGGCAAGUACGAGCGCGACGACCUCGCCACGCUCCGGGUCACGAACGUUUCGGAAUUCGCGGAGGAGGGCGACCUGCGGGAGAUGUUCGAGAGGUACGGGCGCGUCACACGGGUGUUCCUCGCGAAGGACCGGGAGACGGGCCGGGCGAAGGGUUUCGCGUUCGUCUCAUACGCCGACCGAUCGGAUGCGGCGAGGGCGUGCGAGAAGAUGGACGGGUUCGGCUACGGUCACUUGAUCUUGAAGGUGGAGUUCGCGAAGAAGAACACUUAA